AUGGUAGUUCUGGAAGAAGAAGAAACAGCUUUUGAAUUGAAAGCAAUCAAAGUGGAUGUGCUCUGUGAUGGUAUGGAGGACUCUGGACUAUCAGACUUUGGAACCAGAGUUAUAACUGGCUGUGUUACCUCUGUAAGCAGAGAUGCUGUCUACGUUGAUGAGAAAACUUCUUUCUCCCUAGAUAGUGUUUCUGAAGAAGUACUCUGUGAUGGUAUGGAGGACUCUGGACUAUCAGACUUUGGAACCAGAGUUAUAACUGGCUGUGUUACCUCUGUAAGCAGAGAUGCUGUCUACGUUGAUGAGAAAACUUCUUUCUCCCUAGAUAGUGUUUCUGAAGCCUUUAUGCCUUACAAGGGUGACUGGAUAGAAGUUGAGUACUCCAUCGUGCCAGGUGCAAAAAACAUCAAGGUGCACUCAGCAAAGCCCUUGUUCUGCAGACAUCUGGAGGAGGUCUGCAUCACCAGCCUACAUGGAAGAAAUGGGGUGGUAAAUGGUAUUAUCUUCUUCACCUUGGAUUCUCUGGAACUUCCAGAUGGAUACAAACCCCAGAAACAUGAUAUUGUCAAUGUUGAUGCAGUGGAGAGUGUUCAGUCAUGCUACAUUUGGAGAGCAGUUUCUAUGACCCCAGUGCAAAAUUCAUUAUAAAAAGUAUUUAUUUUCUGUUUAUGUUUUCUCCU